CCGAGGAUUCCAGCCUCUUUCUGUGAAGUGGAGGGAAGCUCCUGUGACAAAGGGGGGAUCUAGUGAUCGAGGACCGGCGCUGAUGGCUUUUUUCCCGGGAACUCUCGCCCGGAGCCCCAGAAGAAGGAGCUCCAGGAUUUGCUGCCAGAGAUGCCUGCCUACCUCCUGUAGCACCACCACAAAGUCUAUGGCCAAAGAACCUUCUGCAGCUUCUUCUCGGGCCCCCACUUUGCCCACGGCCACCAUCAAGGAGGAGCUGCUGUGCCCGAUUUGUUAUGAGCCCUUCAAGGAUGCCGUCACCCUCCGCUGCGGCCACAAUUUCUGCAAAGGCUGUGUGGGCCGCUCCUGGGAGAAUCACGCCCGCCGCGUGUGCCCGGUGUGCAAAGCGACAUCUUCCCUGGAGGACCUGCGCACCAACCACACGCUUGCCAACAUUGUGGAGAUGUUUCUCAAGCAGGAGAAAAAGCAGCAGGAACAGCAGCAGCGGGCGCGGGAGGCCUCCGCCCUCUGCACCUUGCACUGUGAAGAAGCCCGACUUUUCUGCCUGGAUGACAAGGAGCUGGUCUGCUUCGUCUGCCAAAACUCGAAGCAACAUGCGGACCACAAAAUGAGGCCUGUUGGGGAGAUCGCCAAGGACUACAGGGCCAAAUGCAAAGACAUGGAACGAUCUCUAUGGGAUAAAAUGCAAGAAUUUGGAAGAGUACAGUCAUCUUACAGACAAAUUGCUAAACACAACAAGGUAGAAAGUGUCAGGCUGGAGAAUGAGAUGAAAAAGCAGUUUGAACAACUCCAUGAGUUCCUGUGGAGUGAGGAGAAGGCCAUGCUGGAGGAGCUGCAGGUGGAGACCGAGCAGAAGAAAGACCUGAUCGAGGACAAGAUCAAAAAGCUGUCAGAAGAAAGCAGCGUCUUGCAACAGGAGAUUGACCAGUUGCAGGCUGACCAGAAAGAAGAUGAUGUCUCCUUCCUCCAGAAACACAAAAACCGGAAGCGCAGAAUUGCCUGGACUGUGGAGGAGCCCGAAGCUGUUCCCCCAGGGAUGUUGAUAGAAAUUACAAAAUACCUGGAUUCCUUGCAAUACAACAUAUGGAAGAAAAUGCUGAAUAUCAUCAAAGUAGUCCCAUUCAGCUUCGAUCCCAACACAUCUGCAGGAAGGCUGUCUGUCUCUGAUGACCUCGCCAGUAUUUCCACUGGAAACUACAAGCUGUUGGUGGAUGUCCCAGAACGUUUCUCUGCUGGAUUACCCUGUGUCCUGGGCUCCAAGAGCUUUCCCAAAGGAUCUCAUGCUUGGGAAGUAGAUAUUGGCGGCAUUGAUAACUGGUGCAUUGGAGUGGCUAGGAAGCAUUGUGGCUACCAGUGGAGCUUUGGCAGCGAUUCCUACCUCGGGUUCGCGUACAUGUAUCGUAUGCAGGGCGACAGCAACAAGAAAUGCCAGUCCUCCAAGUCGAUCCUGCUGGGGGCUGCGAGCGGGAAGGACCUCAAGAAGGUCAGAGUGGAGCUGGACUGUGAUGAAGGGGAGCUGUCAUUCUACAACGCGGAGCACAAGAGUCAUAUUUAUACUUUCCAUGACAAUUUUGCAGAAGUCGUCCCAUACUUCUGCAUCUGUGGUGUAGAAGCUGUUGAGUCUUCAUCUGAGUCACUCAAGCUUUGCCCACUUCAGGUUCAGAUCAAGGAAGAUUAUCCUGAUUGAGAAAACUGCAUUUACUUAUCUCCAUCCAUGUAUUUCCCCAGAUAAAAAGAACUGUUGUGAUAGCUUUUAUAUAUAUAUACACUUACACUACAUAUGUUGAUGCUGUAACACUAUAUCGCUUCAGCUACUUUGUUUGCAGUAUUUGGAAUCCAGGGAUGUUUUUUGUCAAGGCAAGUUAAGGUGACCACCUCGAGGAAUGGAUUUUGGAUGGUAAGGGUUGUUGGAGAUAGAUGGUUCUGACUCAGUGGGGAUAAUCACCUGGGAAGCUGUUCUACAUAAGCGUUAAGGACAGAAAUGGAAAUUGCCCAAGAGCAGGCUGGUAGUCAAGGCUUGUGCAGAACUGCCAGCUAGGUUGGACCCUAUGUGGAAAUCUAAAGGGCAGGAAAAGGGCCUUUGGGUUUGCUGACUGGUGAGGUACUUGGAUACCUUGAACUGGUCCUGUUCUCUGUUCAUUGUGUAUAUUGCUAGGGCUUUUGUUAUGACACUACAACCCAUUCCCAACAAAUUCAUAAUAUAAGCAUGUUAUAACAUCUGUAAUGUAGCUGUGAGCUUGGGGCUAUGGUGAAGGGAGGAGAUGGGCUGUCAUUUCACUGAGGCUUUCUUGCUGUUUAACCAUCUGGUAGAAACCCUCCUUUUUCUCUGCUCCCUCUCCAGAAUAGGUACAGUACAUUGCAAUUAAAGACUAAUCAAAUCUUCUACUGUAUCAGGCAAAGCAAAAUAUUAAUAAAGACUAGACCCAGGACUUGAAAUUAGAUAAGAUGGUUUCUUAUUGGCUCUUAUCUGACAGCAUUAUGUCAUAGUCACCCAAUCAUAAACAGCCUCUUUCCCAUUAACAGAAUGUGUUGCAGACUAGCAGGAAGUUAACCCCUUGUGCCCCUGCAGGAGGAGAUGGUUCUCACAAAGGUUUUAGUUGCUGCUGCUUUUCUGGCCUUUUUGGUAGUCUUCCAGCUACUUUGCUCCACUCUGAGAAUGCCCCCUUACUCUUUUUACUGAGUAGGCCCUGUUCCAGGUGUGUGACGGGCACCGCUUUUCCCCACCAAUCCUCAGGCUAGGGAAAGCUGAGCUCUAAACUAUUUGGAGUAGGAAAAGCUCUCACGUGGUUUCUUUGGGAUGUCAGGAAAUGCCACAGUCUGGAGAAGGAAACUUGAGUAGCACAAAGGUACAUCAAAUGAAGUUACAGAUGCUAGGGGUAGAUUAAACUGCUCUUAGAGAUACAGGAGUAGGCUAGGCCAGAUUUUAUAGGUGGUUAGUAAACACACUUGGGUUCAUCUCAAAGGGCAGGUUUCGUUCAUGCUUAGAGCCUGAGGAAAAGAAUUCUCUUCCAGGACGGAUGAGCUAUUAAUUCUCCCUGACCUGCACUAUGUUGCUUAGCUCGCCUCUGUGAACCAUCUGGAGAUUUGCAAGCCCCACUUCGCAAUACAGCUGCUGUCUGGGACAUGCUUUGUGUAAUAUAGGUUGAUCUAUGGGGAAGACAGCAUGGGGUGGGCCUGCCUCACAAUACAUUAUGCAGACCCUGGUUGCUUAUAUUCAGAAGUAAUUUCCCCCCAGUGGAUUAGCAUUUGGUAUCUAAGAAAAGAAAGGACUUGGAGCAUUCAAACAAUAGUGAAAUCAAUCGACUCACCUUACAAACACUACUAUAAAACUUGUCUUGAAAAGAUCUGAUAUUCUGUGUCCCAGUGUGUCUGUUAAAAAAAUCUCUUUAGGAAUGCUGUCUGAGAGAAAGUUGAACUGCAAGUACAAGUGCUACAUUUCAGGGAAGAGG